AGAAAAGUGUCUGCUAAAUAAAUACAUGUAAAUGUAAAAUAUAAUGUAAUCUGUUCACAUGAAUCAUCAGAAGUGGUGUCACCCCCAAGAACUCAGAGAGGUGAGGGUCGUACGUUGGUCUGCAGUUUUCGUUUUAAAGCAUUUUUCCAGAUAACGACCAAGCUGGAAAGCCAAAUAUUGCUCUGGGUUCUGAGAAGUUAUCUGUCCGCUCUGACGGGUGACGUUUGCAACCUCUCCUUUGUGCCGUGUUUGUUUUCCAUGCUGGGGGAGGAAAUUAAACCGCUCUGUCUAUUGGUGCAGAAGUGCAAAUAAACCGUUGUGCGUGCAAGGAGGGGGAGAGAGGGAGACGACGAGAGCCUGAUGGAACGGAACUGAGAGGAUGAGAGAAGCAGUGGGGAAUUUAGGAAUAAACAAAAUGGGAAAGGGGUAGAAAAGGGAGGCCAUGUCUGCAAGGGUGGAUGCGAGAAUAGGGGAGAGUUGGAAAGGGAGCAGGUUUAAUAGAAGCAGCAGGCGUUGCGACAAUGUGAGCGAGCGAGGGAGAGGGGGAGGGAGGGAGGGGGGUGGAGCGAGCAAGUGAGAAAGGGAGAGAGAGCAACGCAUGCUUUCCAGCAAAGUCUCUGGGAGGGUUGGCCGUGAGCUCGAACGCUCGGCGUCACACAUCUUGAGGCAGAGACGGCAACAGCAGCAGCAGGGGGUCUCUCAAACCCGAUCCCCCCAGGGGGCAGCAUCUCAAAGGACUUCCUGUGGAGCAGCUCGGCCCCGGCGGUGCGGUGCCCGUCUGCUGACGUUUAUUCACUCCCUCGCAGGGGAGAAAGAAGGGGGCGGAAAAGGGGGAACCGAGAACGGCUGCCUUAAUGCCCAGUGAAGAUGCUCAGCCUUUGACCGCGGGGAGGAUGAGCCAGCGACAGGGGAAGGACAGCCUGCAGGUUCCGGGUAGAGAUGUCCUCGCUAGCCCGAGUCUCAGCCCAGGGGUCGGCCACGGCUUCGGUUUUGACAGGGUUAGGGACGACAUUCUGCCACUAAGGGAAGACUCCACGCACUCCAUCUCCAAGAGCAAGUCUGAGACCAGGCUCUACAACGGGUCCGACAAGGAUGUCCCGGCACCCGGGACCAAGCUCACCAAGAAGGAGUCCCUCAAGGUGCAGAAGAAGAACUACCGUGAGGAGAAGAAGCGCGCCACCAAAGAGCUGCUCAGUACCAUCACUGACCCGUCCGUGAUCCUCAUAGCCGACUGGCUCAAGAUCCGAGGCACCUUGAAGAGCUGGACCAAGCUGUGGUGUGUGCUGAAGCCAGGGGUUCUUCUCAUCUACAAAACCCAUAAGAACGGCCAGUGGGUGGGCACAGUGCUGCUGAACGCUUGCGAGCUCAUUGAGCGGCCCUCCAAGAAGGACGGCUUCUGCUUCAAGCUCUUCCACCCACUGGAGCAGUCUAUUUGGGCUGUCAAGGGUCCGAAAGGUGAAGCCGUGGGGUCCAUCACCCAGCCAUUACCUAGCAGCCACCUCAUCUUCCGUGCCGCCUCUGAGUCUGAUGGCCGGUGCUGGAUGGAUGCUCUGGAGCUGGCUCUCAAGUGCUCUGGCCUGCUAAAGCGAACCAUGAUCCGGGAGGGCAAAGAGGAGCUGGGCUCCAGUUCAGAGCACUCCCAUGUGAACUUCUACAGCCUACUGCGCGCCAACAACCUUCAGGGCCCCGAGGGCUUCCACUUCAAUGACGGCGACCACUUCAAAGACCAGGAUCUGUACUCGGACAAGUCUGACCGGGAGAAUGAACAGGAGCGUGAGGAAUCGGAUAACGACGGCCUGGAAAAGAGCGAGGAGAGUGACAGUGACACGUCAGAGCGCCAGGAUGACUCCUAUGUGGAGCCAGACCCCAACGAGGUGCUGCGGGAGACCCCGUACACGGAGCAGUCCCACGAAGAGUUGGGCGAGGUGGGCGAGGCCUCGCAGACCGAGACAGUCUCUGAAGAAAACAAGUCCCUGAUUUGGACAUUGCUGAAGCAGGUCAGGCCCGGCAUGGAUCUGUCCAAGGUGGUCCUGCCCACGUUCAUUCUUGAACCACGCUCCUUCCUGGACAAACUCUCCGAUUACUACUACCAUGCGGACUUCCUCUCCGAAGCUGCAUUAGAGGAGAAUGCCUACGAUCGGAUGAAGAAAGUGGUCAAGUGGUAUAUAUCUGGAUUUUAUAAAAAGCCAAAGGGGCUGAAGAAGCCGUACAAUCCCAUCAUUGGCGAGAUGUUCCGAUGCAUGUGGAUCCAUCCCAAAACCAACAGCAAAACUUUCUACAUUGCUGAGCAGGUCUCCCAUCAUCCCCCAGUGUCGGCCUUCUACGUGAGUAACAGGAAGGAUGGCUUCUGUCUUAGUGGCAGCAUCCUGGCUAAAUCCAAGUUUUAUGGCAACUCCUUAUCUGCCAUUCUGGAUGGAGAGGCUCGGCUGACCUUCCUGAACCGAGGGGAGGACUACACCAUGAACAUACCAUAUGCACACUGUAAAGGAAUCUUGUAUGGGACCAUGACGCUGGAGCUGGGCGGCCAGGUCACUAUCGUCUGCGAGAAGACAGGCUACAGUGCCCAGCUGGAGUUCAAGCUGAAGCCCUUCCUGGGCAGCAAUGACAGCGUGAACCAGAUCUCUGGGAAGAUCAAGCUGGGAAAGGAGGUGCUGGCCACCCUCGAGGGACACUGGGACAGCGAGAUCUUUGUCAAUGACAAGAAGACUGGUGUGGUGGAUAUGUUCUGGAACCCCACGCCAGAGCUGAGGCAGAGCCGGCUGACCCGGUGCACGGUGCCGCCUGAGGAGCAGGGCGACUUUGAAUCUGAGAGACUGUGGCAGCACGUGACUCGGGCCAUCAACAACAAGGAUCAGACAGAGGCCACCAAGGAGAAGUUCCUGCUGGAGGAGGUGCAGAGGAAAUGCGCUCGCGAGCGUAAAGCCAAAUGUGAGGAGUGGACGCCGGCCCUCUUCGAGCAGGACCCCGUCACGGGGGAGUGGCAUUACCGCUAUGCCGACACGCGACCGUGGGACCCUCUGAACGAUUUGAUUCAGUUUGAGAAAGACGGCUGCAUCCAGACCAAAGUGCGCCACCGCACUCCCAUGGUACGUUCUGGCAGUGUAAUUAGUCUCAGUAACCAAGGGGCCAGGAGAGACAAUUACAAGUGUCAGGUUGCUGCAUCCAAGAGGAAGCACAAACACAAAGGCACAGAGCGCCGCUGCUCAUCUCCUGAAUGCGACCGCCAUGACUCCUCUGGCAGUGAGAGGCGGAAAAGUAAGCACAGCGGACGACUGAGGAAAAAAGUGACAGACCUCAGUGAGCUGCAGCGUGCCAUUGAGUGCAUAAAACAAACGCAAGAGGAAAUCAAUAGGAGCAUCGCUUCCCUCCGCAACCGAGCCGGCGCUGAGCAGGUGCAGCCGGAGGCCAGCUUGCUGCACCAACGUGACUACGUAGUCGUCAUCUUCCUCAUCUUCGCACAAAUUGUCAUCAACUUCCUAUUCAAGUAGCCAGAGGUGCGGGCGGAGCGCUGGGGCGGGAUGGUCAAGGGAGAGUGAACCGUACUACACCCAGAAUUUUCCGCACAUGGCUAUCCCUGCCAGUCAGUGGGAAGACAAGGGGUCGUUUCCUCUCCCAAGACCUUACAAGACUCAUCAGAGCAUUUUGAAUAUCCCAUUAAUAGUGGGACACCCGCGCAUUCACUCUGUUGUUUGGUGUCAAGUGGCAAGAGAUCCUGUUUCAGAAACCUUGGGGUGUCUCUCUCUCUCUCAAUGGGGAUGGAUCUCAUUGCCACUGUGUUUGAUUUAGAGGCGGUUAUAUUUUGUCCAUUUUUUUUUCCCUUUUUUGCCUUUCUCACUUGUUUGAUUGUGGUCUUCUGUGAGCAGACCUACAAAUCAGCAGAAAUUACUGAGCUUUUUUAGGUUCACGCGACAGGAUUUGAACUUUACCUCUCCACCGCGCGAAGAGCAAAGGAAGACAAACUAGAUUUGUAACAAAAAUUUACAGCCCAAUUUCAGUUGCAAAGCUGCCGAAAAUGAUGACUCAUUUCCGACACUCCCUAAAAACUUUGGGUGCAAAAUGGAAUAAAAUAUGAAAGAGGUUUAUGGGAAGUCCCGAGAUUCUUCCGGAGUCAGGCCUUCCUGUUUUAAUUUCACUGUAGGGAAUAAUAGCAUCUGACUCGAGAAGAAAACGACUUUUGCCACGUAGCAGCUACCGUAGGUACUUAUAAAACGUGACUGUUUCUCACUGUCAGUGUACUAGAUGUUAAAUAAGAAGCUGAAAGCCAAAUACGGUUUGUAGAUUAGAGAGAGUGCAUCAAGACACAAAAUGUAACUACAGUACACACCUUGCGGUAGCAUUCUGAGGAUUCGUCACAGAUGCAGUUAUUGGCUGUCGUGUCUUUUGUUCGGCUGCAUGCGUGUUGCCGCGUGUCUUUCAUAUGUCUCAUAUGUGGUCACAGGCCAUGAGAAGCCAGACCAGAUGUGGUAACAAACUGUCGUAUUAUAGUGCCUUCCAGGGUAGGUUUUUAACAUAUAUGUUGGGGUUGCGGGAGGGGUGUACAUAUGUGCCAUAACACGUCUUGGACGCGUGCCACGGACCUUCUCAGAGUGGAUCAGAGAAUUUUUUUCUUUUUUUUUUUUUUUUCUGUUUGUAUCUUCUUGGGCUUUUUCCAACCGUUGGCUCUGCUGUGUGUGUUGUUACUCUGAGAUGUCGUUCAUUCCUUUUCUUACUUGUGCUUUUGUUCGGAACACUGUCUCUGUUUUAUAUGGGACACUCGUCACUCUUAGAACAGAUCCUGAUAUAUUUUAAAACUUGUCUGCAGAUAAUAUGACGGUUCGCCAGGAAUUAAUGUAAACUUUUGAUUGCAGUCAUGUUGGUCUGUCUGAUAUAUGUACCGUGUACGUUUUAAAAAAAAAAAAAACUUUUAUCCUUUUAUCUUCACGCUUUUAAUAUUUAUUUGUAUGGUUACAAGAUGAUUUCUUGCACAUUCUUGUACAUCUUUGUACAUCAGUUCUAACAUCUCAAUAAAUACUAUGAACUGCA